GCCCAUAUUUGUUCAGCUGUCAAGAUGUGAUCUAGACCGUUGAUUUGAUAAUGGACUAUAAAAAUGAAACGAUGAUCUUGAGGGCCCCUUCUUCCAUUUUUGUAGGGUUCGUGCAGAGGAUAAGAUUUUUUAGGGUUUUGUGUAAAUGGAAUCGAAUCAAGAAGGCAAAGCGAUACAAGAGAUUGACCAAGUAGCAACCAUGACCCAUCUGUCUGACCCGAAUCCGAAAACCAAACCGGGUAUGAUGAUGCUCAUGAAACAAGAAGACGGGUAUUUGCAGCCGGUAAUGACUAAACCGGCUCCGAAGAGACCGGCUAAAGACCGUCACACGAAAGUAGAAGGACGAGGUCGGAGGAUCCGAAUGCCUGCGGGUUGCGCUGCUCGGGUCUUUCAAUUGACCCGUGAACUUGGUCACAAAUCUGACGGAGAAACGAUUCGGUGGUUAUUGGAACGAGCUGAACCGGCGAUAAUUGAAGCAACCGGAACCGGGACUGUACCGGCUAUUGCUGUUUCGGUUAACGGAACUUUAAAAAUACCGACGAGCGCUCCAGUGGAGAAUAACGGCGGUGGUGACGGUGACGGUGACGGUGACCUAAUGAAGAAACGGAGGAAGAGAAACUGUACGAGUGAGUUCGUAGACGUUAAUGAACAUGACAGCUGUUACAGCUCCGUUACUUCUGGGUUAGCUCCGAUAACGGCGUCAAAUUACGGUGUUAAUAUCCUGAACGUCAAUACGCAUGGGUUGAUGCCGUUUUGGCCUAUGGGCAUGGGUACUGCGUAUGUUACUGGUGGGCCGAAUCAAAUGGGCCAAAUGUGGGCUAUUCCUACCGUUGCUACAGCUUCGUUUCUAAACGUUGGUGCUACGCCGGUGUCUAGUUACGACGUCUCAAACGCUUCAGCCGCUGAACCGGAGAUGGAAACGAGCGGUGGUGGUGGUGCGACGCAACCGCUGAGGGAUUUUUCUUUGGAGAUUUAUGAUAAGAAAGAGCUUCAGUUUUUGGGUGGCUCAGGGAACUCAUCUCCGUCUUCAUGUCACGAGACUUAGGAAUUUUAACUGUUGUUAGUUGUUGUUUUUUAUAGGUCAGUUUGAUCCCUGAUUAGGAAAAGAUGUGUAAAAGAUUUGGGAGAACCAUUUCAAUCUUAUGUUUCUGUCAAACAUUUUUAAUGAAUGAAACUGUCCUAUCCUUUU